AGUGAGGUUUCAUUUUCAAAGAUGCCUUGGCAGUGAUCAUGCCUCAUCUCCUAAUAAUAAUCAGGGACUGCAGAUGGCUUAAAUCUAGAUACAAGGCACUUCCGGAACUUACCGAGUGGAACACAUCUCUGCAGCCGGUCCAAGAAUACAUUAUGCAUAAUGACAUUGAUUUGGGGGGAUUUAGGGGCAGUUCGAUGCAAAUACGUAACAUGCACAUGUAGGAAACCCUUCCUCUUAAUAGUGUGUCUGUGUCUGGUAUAGGGAAAAGUGCGACUAGAAAGAGAGAAACUCUCUGUUCUGGUCCAUUCUGGAGGCUGGCUAGAAAGAGCUGCUGGAAAUUGGUACUGUGCGGCUCAGCGCGCUGAAUCCAGCUGUUGGCGCUGUCCGUGGUACUGAAGAAAUCCCGGCUGCCGGUAGAUUGAGCUCCAAAGCGGCAAUCUCUGCAAACUGCUUUCUUUGAUGCAGAAAUCAAGCUAAAGUUGUUCCUUUGCUUCACGUCCACUGUAAGCAUUUUCUGUUGUUGUAAGAGGUGUUUGAAGCCGCAUUUUGUGAUGGUGCGGAGGGUAUUUCAGGCGGAGCUGGCUUUAAGCUAUAGCAUGCUGUUGCUGUUUGUGGUGUUGAAAGCCUAACCAAACCACCUUUCUCUACUGCCGUUACAAACACUGUGCAAAGGAUCUCGUGUUUGGAAGAAACGUAAUCAAUCGGGAAAUUUCAUAGAAGCAGCUGAGAAAAUUCUAAAAUUAAGUUCAACAUGAUUCUACUACGGGAGUCUGGAUUUCGACGAGACAGCACUGCUUCUUGCUUUGAAUUCUGAACACUGGUCCAAAGCUUAAUUCUUAUGUGUGUCUGCUGUGUUUCUCUCUGGAAGGGCGGGAGACUGCCUCUUUACUGUGUUUUGAAAUGGGAGGAAGAGAAAAGGGAUUGCCUAUAACUCAUCCCUGAAAAAAAAAUGUAUUCUUCGGGUAAUUAAAGAGGAACUGCUUUACUAAAACCAUCUAACCUUUUAGUUCUUAUUGGCCUGUGACCCUACCAUCACCAUUAACCUCCAUACUGAUUAGCCUACCCCUCCGGUAUUCCCAUGGAAGCAGCUGGGUAUAUUUAAUAUUAGGACCAUAUGCAGAAGUCUUUGAGGAGGGGGAUGGCUCUUCCUAUUCAUGAAGCCUGCAUACUUCUGUUGGUAAUCUCUGGUUUGGUCACCCCAGCUGCCAUCAAUCAUGAAGACUACCCUGCUGAUGAAGGUGACCAGGCCUCAAGUAAUGACAAUCUGAUCUUUGAUGACUAUCGAGGGAAAGGGUGUGUGGAUGACAGCGGCUUUGUAUACAAAUUGGGAGAACGUUUUUUCCCAGGGCAUUCCAACUGUCCAUGUGUCUGUGCUCUGGAUGGACCUGUUUGUGACCAACCAGAAUGCCCUAAAAUUCACCCAAAAUGUACUAAAGUGGAACACAAUGGAUGCUGUCCUGAGUGCAAAGAAGUGAAAAACUUUUGUGAAUAUCAUGGGAAAAGUUACAAAAUCUUGGAGGAAUUUAAGCCCUCUCCAUGUGAAUGGUGUCGCUGUGAGCCCAGCAACGAAGUGCACUGUGUUGUAGCAGACUGCGCAGUUCCUGAAUGUGUCAACCCAGUCUAUGAACCAGAACAAUGUUGUCCUGUCUGCAAAAAUGGUCCAAACUGCUUUGCAGGAACCACAAUAAUUCCGGCUGGCAUUGAAGUGAAAGUGGAUGAAUGUAACAUCUGUCACUGUCACAACGGGGACUGGUGGAAGCCUGCUCAGUGUUCAAAACGUGAAUGCCAAGGCAAGCUGACUGUUUAAAGCAGAAUCCCAACCAAUGACAAGUCCAUAAAAUGAAAAAAAAAGUGUUAUGGCUUCUACACUGCACAUGUUUAAAACAAAACAAAACAAAAACUCCUGCCAGCUACAACCGGGUCACCAGCAAAACCUUUUAGGGUUGACAAAAGUGAAUAUUUUACUAAGAGGAAAUUUCUCUCUUUCUCUUUCUUGCUAUACCGAAUAUAUACAGUAUCUAGCUAUCUAACCCACUUUUGUAAGUCCCAAUGCUUGGCGGUGACACAAGGACAGGAUUUCUGAAUCAGAAAGGAAGUACCAUCCAUUCACAGACGCCUUUGCUGGUGAUGCCUCUGACCUGCCAAUUUAUCUUCAGCUGUUUAACUCCUUUUUACUCUUCCAUACAUCAAACAUGGCAUUUUCCUAUUGCGGGUUCCCUCCCUUUUUAGAAUCUUGGGGACCAGAAUCUAUAGAAUGAAAAAAAAAAAGUUUUCAGCUGAGCCAAAAUGCUGAGAAAAAGGAAUGCCUAAAUAGUGAGCAUAUUUAUAACUAGGAGCACACCAAGACUCAGAUUAAUCAAACCACCCAUGUCAAUCAUGUUCAUGUCCUGUGAUAGGAAAAGAGAAGCAGAGACUGGGAGGAGGCACUAAGGAGCAGGCUAGGGGCUGAGUGCUUUCUCCACCUGGUGGUGCCUCCCGCACUGAGGAAAACCACUUGAGUUUCAAGAGUAAGACCUUGAAACUGCCAAUGCAUACUAAGGUGGGAAGGAAAACCUGGACCCAAAUGCAGCCAUGGCAAAGAAACGGGGUUCCACUUGAAAGACUUUUUUUUUAAAAAAAUAUUACAUUAGCCACCAGACUUCAUCAUACUGCUGUACUGAGUUUGGACUGUCCCAAACACAUUCAAAUAAACAUAAUAACACUGUCAUCUGGCAAUAUAACUCUGAGAGCCAAGUUGAACAGUCCCACUGUGAAUCUGAAUUGUUCUGAACAGCCUUGGCUCUGGAGGCCAGACUUGGUUGAAAGCCAGGAGGUUAUAUAAAUUUCCUGGAUCGAGUCUGUAUUUAUCAUGUUACAGUAACAUCCGCUCAGCCCUAUGUCGAAAAAGACAAGAUUCAGGACACUCUUUCCACCUCAAGUGCUGAUUUAAAUUAGUGAUUAGGGUAGAGAUUAGGGUGAGACUUGCACAAUGCAACUUUAUCAGUUGACCAUUUAAAGAUAUGUAUGCAUGUUUGCAUAUAUGUGAGUACAUAUGUACACACAAUAUAUAAAUAUAUAUGCACAUGUAUAUACAUAGAAAUGAACAGUGAACCUUUGCAAGGUCUCAAGCUUGCCCUGGCAAUGCUGCUAGUACAGUAACAGAAAAAAUACACAGGGUAUCCUAAGACCAUCUUGAUUCAAGUGUAGAAUAGAAACUCCGAAACCAGGCAACAUGACUUGUUGCUAAUUCCACUCUCUGGUCCUGAGGACACCGAAGCAAACACCGCUUGAUCCUUUGGGAAAUUCUAAGAUGGCCUCUAAUUUAGGUUUUCAUUCUUUCUUCUUCGGUUCUCAUGGUAAUCUGGACCUCAUGAUGGGAGGGCCCCAAUCUGGAAUUCAACCAACUCCAUGGGGCUUCUACCUGGAAGGAAGAAGGUCUCCCGCCAAAGCUUCUUGCUUCAUUCCUGUGCAUGCUGCCUCUAUAUCACUCCUUAGACCUUUUGGGAUGUGAAUCCCUCAGCUGUCCUAAAGGGUUAGAUUUCCCCCAUGGGUAGUCCUCAUAUUGCCACUGGUCCAACCUCAGGAUACAUAUUUCUGCCAUUCCUGUGGCCCAUUUUUCAUUUUAAAUUGCCAGGCUUUCCUCCCUGAAAAUGCCUAAUGCCAUCCAGAGAAGAGAGUUGUCAUGCCUAAAAUGAAUGUAUCGGGGAGCUAACCCCAACAUUCUCUCCAUGGUAUCGCUUCGGUUGUACUGAAGCAGGCCAAUGCCACCAUCCUUUACAAUGCCAAUUUGCAGGGAAGCUAGUGCCUUUCGGUUGCCACCAUGAAUAUAUCAUAUAGACAGUCAUGAAUCAUUCAUGAACAAUUCUGCAUGAUUUAUCCCUUCACUCAAAAGUAAAGGCAUUCCAUGGUGUCAGCUCAUGGAUAGACAGAGAUGUACGAUACUGUUUCCUUUGCGUGGAGAUUGUCUGUUGCCAGCUUCAAAAAUCCACAUUCUUUGAAAUAAAAUAACAAUAAUAAAUGACAGGAAUAAGGUUUGAAACACAAAGAAUACCAUGAGUAGAGCCAUGUAGCAUAGUGCCCCAUCUAUUAUUAAGGAGCCAUGAUGUCCUUUAUGGGGAAUAGAAAAGGAAAAAUGCGAUUGGGAAGCUGAGAUAGAGUCAUUUUGCAUCAAAGGACAGGCACAGUGAGAGUCACAGCACGAAUUUACUAUAUCGUCAGUCAAGAAGAUCUUCGGGGAGUAGUUACAUACAUCGCUGAAGGAGGACUGACCUCACCUUGGCUAGCUGCCAGAAAGAAUCUCCCUGACCUCAACCCAUUCCAGGGGCUUCUACUGUUUCCAUUAAGAUUUUGUAGAGCUGACAUAGGGUUGGUUUUCUUGGGUUCCCCUUUCCCACCCAACCCCACUCCCAGCCAUUAGGGAGAUGUGAGCCUCUACUGUAAUAAUUUCUCAGAAAUCCAUUGCAUUUUAUAGUUUUCUUCUCAACAGGCCAUUGAGAUCUUCUUGCCAAACCCUAAACAAUAAGACUGUUUAUAGUUGUGUUGGUCGUUUUCUUUUUAAGGCUUUGUUUAUGGACCACCAUUUCUCUCCCUUCCCUGCUGCCCUACUCCUGUUUCUCUUUCCUCUUUUGAUUUCUGGGCUUUCAGUCCAACAAUGUGGAAGUUUGGGAUCAACAGCCUGCUUGUCAGCUGAUGUUGGUUAAUGAGGACCCAAUUUCUAAAAUUUUUGAACAAUAGUGUGCCUGAAAACUAGUGAAGAAAAAACAAAACAAAACAAAACCUAAACACUAAACUGUAAAAAGGGGAUUCUAGCAACAAUAUUUGAUGUGUGAAAGAAUAUAUUAUUAAAAAUUAUUUUGUUAAAUAUAAAGUGUGUUA